AUGGACGGAUUUGCUUUUCUCUGGCUUUGGGUCGUUGGAGUGACGGCCAGCUACUUCAAUCCUAUUCUUCCAGGCUUCCAUCCGGAUCCAAGCUGCAUAUAUGUCGAGAGAACUUUCUUUUGCGUGACGUCCACUUUUACCUGGUUCCCCGGUGUUCCAGUCUACGCCAGCAAGGAGCUCCACCGCUGGGAGCUCGUAAGCAGUGUGCUUAACCGGCGAGAACAGCUACCACAAUUCGCGGACGCCCUAACUGGACAAGAUGGUCUCUUCGCAUCCACGAUACGCCACCACAAUGGGACGUUCUAUGUCACGACUACUUACGUCUAUAUUGCUUCCUACAGGGACUUUGUCAUGGAAAACCUGAUCUUCUCAACCACCGACCCAUACAACGCGUCCUCGUGGAGCAUUCCGACCAAAGUUGACUUCAUUGGCUACGACCCAUCGUUGCUAUUCGAUGAUGACGGAACGGUCUACUUCACCGGAGCAGCUGCACUUUCGACUGGGACUGCAAUCGCCUUGGCCACCAUCGACGUGGACAGCGGUUCCCUUGGCCCCAUUAGCUACCCCUGGAAUGGGACUGGUCUAGGCACCGCUGAGGGGCCGCAUUUAUACAAGAAAGAUGGCUGGUACUACAUCCUCGUUGCCGAAGGGGGAACCAAAGAAAACCACCGCGGUUCAAUUGCGAGAUCCCUUACCGUCGGUGGCCCCUACGAGAGCGACCCCGCAAACCCAAUUGUCAUCGCUGAGCAUCUCGAUUCUUCGUACUUCCAAACCGUUGGACACGCCGACCUUUUCCAAGAUGAAGAUAGAGGGCUUUGGUGGGGAGUAGCUCUUGCAAUGCGAUCAGGGCUAGACUUUGUGUCAUAUCCGAUGGGCAGAGAGACUGUGCUAUUUCCUGUUUCAUGGCCGGGUGAGGUCGGAGGGUGGCCAAGCCUGCUGGAGCCUGUCAGGGGGCAGAUGGGCACAUCGCUUCCUGGUAAAAGUGGCAAUUCAAGCGAUAUACCUGGUACACGAGAUGAGCCUGAUGUCGUUGACUUCGAUGUCUCUUCGGGUUUCCCAACACAUUGGUUGCAUAUUCGUUAUCCAGAGGAGGCAGCAUACGUCAUUUCCCCUCCUGGACACCUAAAUCAGUUGCAACUCGGAUUAUCGGCAAGAAGCCUCUCCUCGGUGGUUACGCGCAACAGUACGACACCCAGCAUCAUUACGUUCUUGGGCCGCAGACAGACCGAUACCCUUUUUAGUUUCAGCGUCGACCUCGAAUUUCACCCAAGAGGCCCAGCAGACGAAGCCGGAGUCUCGGUUUAUCUAGACGAACAGCGGCAUAUAGACUUUGCAAUCAUUGCAGAUGAUCAGGUGGUCGACGGCAAACGCUUACGUCUUCGAUCAUUUAGCAACAACGAAAAUGCGACCUUGCCGCAAGACGUCAUAGUGCCGCUGCCUGGAAUUCAAGCAGCAGACGCUGCUGUGCGCCUGGAAGUCAGGGCUGAAAACACCACGCACUACAUUUUUCUUGCGGGGCAGGUCCGCAGAGACCUGAGCGAAGAUACCAAGAUGACGGUCGUGGGGCAUUCUUUGGCAAGUCUUGUGAGUGGCGGCUACACCGGCACCGUAGUUGGGGUUUACGGGACUACGAAUGGUGAGGCGACUACGGCCAACACCUCUGUUGCAUAUGCCAGCCGAUGGAGGUACUAUGGUAAAGGGCAAUACGUUGAUCACGACGUAGUUGUUUAA